AUGGCUGAUAGUGUAGAAGAUUCAUUGACGAGGAUAUGUUUGAAUGUUAUAAAUCUCAAAGAUACGCCGGAUUCUGCAUUUGAAAAAUUGCUGAAACUUGUGGUAUGUUUAUUUUUAUCGAUUUCUCCGUUUUCAAACAAACUAAAUUAUAGAGUGAAAAUGAUGAGACGAAUUCAAUAUUGUUAGAUAUUUUGGUACAAGUUGAGGGUGAAGUAGAACUUUGUGCGGACGUGGCAAAAUCGAAACAGGCAUUUUUGAAUUUCGCAAAUUGUUUGAUUGAUACAAUUAUCCCGGAAGAAGUUCUGAGAGCAGAAUUAGAAUGUUAUGAUGCGACAAAACAAGACUUCACAAAGCAAUUGAUUAGAUUCAAAACGAGAUUUUAUUUCAAACAAGCGAAAUUCAAUUUACUUCGCGAGGAAAGUGAAGGAUAUUCAAAAUUGAUCACCGAAUUGCUCGAAGCUGAAAAUUCAUCGAAUAAAGAACACUCAAAAAUUGUGAAGAAUCGAGUUCUCGCAUUAAUCGGUCAAUUCAAUUUGGAUCCAAAUCGUGUAACAGAUAUAAUUCUCGAAUGUUUCGAAAAUUCAAAUUCCAAACAAAAUCAUUUUUUCAUCGAUCUUCUCAAAGAAAUCAAAGUUGUCAAGGAAUAUCUUUGCGCAAUUCUAGGCUUCAAAUACACAUUUUAUCAAGGAAAUUCCAAUAAGAAAACUCCAUUUUCAUUGUAUACUUUAACAUCUUCGCUAAUUCAAAGUGAAAUGAUUGAUCUUAUGAAGAUUUUGGGGUAUAUGGUUCCGAAAACCGAAGAAAUAAAAGAGGGACAUCGUGGAAGAGCAGCAAAUGCACAAGAAAGAUCUGGAAAAGCUGAAACUAUUUCAACAGCUUCGAUGCCAAUUUCGAAUAAUGGAGGAUUUGAAAAUAGUGAAAAUAGCGGGAAUACACAGAAUACAACUACGAUCUCAUUUACAACUGUUGUACAAGUUCAAGAAGAUGAAGAUGCUAAACUUUCUGAAAAGUUUAUGGAGGUAAGGACUUUUUGAAUGGUUUUUUAUCAUUUCUAAUUAUCGAAAAUGAAAUGAGCCUUCCCAAAAAUGAGCAAAAUUAGGGCACUUUCUAAUUGUUUUUUUAAAUUUUAAUUUUUAUUUAAAAAUAUUUAUUUUUAAAAAUACGUGAACGUGACCUAGUUUAGUCAAAAUCAUUUAUUUAAAAAAAACCUCAUUUCAAACUUGCUGACUUGUCGCAACUCCCACUAAUUUUGAGGGUAAUCAAAAGGGGAAAAUUAGCUGAAAAUUAAUUUUGAAAAUCUUUUCAGGAGCAUGUUUUGGCAACAAAUCAAAAACUCGGUCUCGCUUGUGCUCUUUUGGAAUCUGGAAAUUGGAAACAAGCUCAACUUUUAAUCGAUCGAUUACCCGAAUAUUAUGCAGUUCAAGCGAGUCCUCGAAUAUGCCGUGCACUUUGUCGAAUAAUCGAGCGAUCCAUCGAAGAUUUCUACACAAAACAGUGUUCCAAACAAUUGUUUGGAAAUUUGUUGAAAAAGCCGAGAAAUGCACAUUUGGAUGAGGAAAAUGGGUUGAAGAAGGUGGAAAAUUGGGAGGAUUUGGCGAAACUCUCGCAGGUUUUAUGGUAUUUGGGACCGAGAAUCGCUUAUCGAGCAAGUACAAAUGUGAAAUUGAUUAGAUUGUUGGUGGUCUAUUUUCAAAUGGUUGAGAAAAAAUCGGUGGAGAAAAACGAGAAAAGUUAGUUUUUGUUUUUGGUGAAAAAAAAUCAGAAGAAAUAUUCAAAGAAGGUUUUCAGAAUCUUUUUUUAAAAAAUGAUAAAAAUGACGAAAGAUCUCUGUAAUAACAUUUUUCAAGUAUCCGAGCCCAAAGAGUUCAAAUAUCAAGGAUAAGCGAGAGCCUAAGAAGCCCCGCUGGCCUAAAUAAAACUUCAAAUAUUUUCCCAUUUUCCAGUUUACCGUCUUUUCAUUGAUAUCACAUCCGAAUGCCUUUUACCAUCUCUAACACUUUCCGAAACAAAUGUGGCACUUUCCGAAGAACUUUGGCAACUUGUUCAACUUUUCCCAUACACUUGGAGAUAUUGGAUGUAUUCAAAGUGAGUAUGAUUUUUGUUCAGUAAUAUUUACAUAUCUAUUUCUAUUCAGAUGGAACCAGGAAACUGCUCGCCAUCCGGAAAUGAAUAUAAUGCGUGGCAAAAUCUAUGGGCGAACAAAAUAUGUGUUGAAACGACUCUCGAAAGAUACUGUCAAAUUGAUGGGUCGACAUUUGGGAAAACUUUGUCAUAUUCAUCCGAUUACAGUACUCUCAUAUUUGUUGGCUUCUGUUCAGACUUUUGAUAAUUUGAUUGGACCAGUUGUGGAGGGAUUGAGAUUUUUGAGCGGUUUGGAGUUUGAUGUAUUGACUUGUGAGUUUUUGUUGAAAUUUUCAGAUUUCUGAACUUUUUAAACUGGUUCAAUUAAAUAUUGAAAAUUUGCCUGUGAAUGAACCAAAUUAUAGUUUUUAAAUGAAAAUUGGACAGAAGUUCCACAUUUUAUCAUUUUCUCCAAUUUAAGUGAAUUUCAAGCGAAAUUCCUUGUAAGCUUUGUUUUUAAAAGAUCAAUUUGAGAUCCAAUUUUCCGAUAAAUUUACAAAUUUUGAAACCUAGAUUUUCCGGGAUUUUCAGUAAUUUUUGAAUUUUUUUUCCAAUAAUUGCGUAUUUUUAGAUUGUAUAAUCAAUCAACUUUCGGAUCCAUCAAAACAAGCUCUAAAAGCAUCAGAUGCAACUAUUUCUCCGUGGCUUCAAGCACUUGGAACAUUGGUAAUUUUCAUUUCUAGUUUUUCCCCAUCCAAAUUCAAUUUCCCUUAUUUUCUUAGGUCGGUCAACUUUAUCGUCGUUAUCCAUUGGAAUUGCACGGAAUGUUGGAUUAUGUUCUAAAUCAAUUGAAAUCUUGCAAAAGUUUUGAUCUACUUUUGCUUCGUGAAAUCAUCCAAAAUAUGUCAUGGAUUGAAUCGAGUCAAUCAGCCACAAAAGAACAAUUGGAAGCAUUGGGAGGAGGAGAAAUAUUGAGACAGGAAGUGAGGAUAUUUUUAUGGGGUUUUGGGUAACUCAUUUGUGAUGUGUUUCCUGGAAAAAUUCAGAAGAGAUCUAAAUUUAAAAGAAAAUCUUUUGUGAUUUUUGGAUAAUUUUUCUCUCCAGGGUGGCGGAUAUUCGACAGCGAAAAAUAAAAGAGCUGCUCAACGACUUCGAGAUACUCUAUUAAAAGGCGAUUUGGCAGUUGGUUUAUGCAUUUUGAUUGCUCAACAAAAAGAAUAUAUUGUAAAUAAAGAAUCGGAUAAUUUGCCAUUGAAAUUAAUUGGAGAAAUGGUUGAUCAAUGUGAGGAUACUUUACAACAACUUGUCGCAUUUUUGACAUCUUAUUUGAAACACGAAGAAUAUUCGAAACGUUUUCCCGAUGUUCGACAAUUUUUGACGGAUUUUGGGUUGAAUGUUGAAACAUCGAUGUGUUUGGCGAGGCCUGGAAUUAUUCAUAAAAUUAUGGAGAAUUAUGAUUUGGCGAAAAAAGAGAAAAGAGCUGGAAGUAUUGAAGAUGAAAAUGGAUAUAAAUUCAAAUUGGAAUCUGCACAAAAAGUGAGUUUGGGGUUAGAGAAUUUGAGGAAAAUUUGGCUAAAACUAGUCUUGAAAACUUGAAUUUUACUUGAAUUUCAAAAACUAAACGUGGAUUUCCAUAUCAAAAAUUCUCAAUUCUCCAUCCCUAAAAAAUAUUUCAAUUUCCAGACCGCAAUUUUCAACACAGUCUUCGACACCAAAAUCGCCGAACUUUCCCAAUAUUUUUUGUCUUCAAUUCCUGAUCUCGAAAAAAAGCUUCCACAUCGACUAUUCACUGUUUUCUGGACUUUGACUAAUUUCGAUAUUGAGGUUCCUGUUUUGGCAUAUGAAAGAACAAUUGAACAAAUCAAAAAACAAGCGAAAGAAGAUGAUCAUGUUAGUUCUGUUUGCCACGUCAUAACUAAUUUAUUAAGUAUUGUUUUCAGAGAUUGAAACGUGGUGAAGAACGUCUUCGACAACUUGAAGGAAAAUUAAAAGAGGAACAGAAAAAACAAAUGGAACAUGUGGAAAGAGUGAAAUCAUGGUUGACAAGUAUCAAAGAUGGACUUUUUGAGGAAAAAUCUAAAGGAGUCGCUGAACAUUUCCUCCAACUCUGCAUUUUGCCACGUGUUUUGUUUUCGGACAUUGAUGCAAUGUUUUGUGGAACAUUCUUCUUUUUGUUGUAUCGAUUGAGGACACCGUUCUUUCAACCAUUGAUCAUGAUGGAUAGAGUGAGCAUGAGCAUUUUUGGGAGGGAAUUUGAAAGUUGAGGCUGAAUUUUGGAAUUUCAAACCGAAUUAAUAUGAGUAUUUGCCACGUGGUUUUUUGACGUAAUUAUCAGAACUCUGAAAAUUUCAGAAUCAUAGGAACAAGGCAAACCCUGAAUUUUUCGCCAAAAUUUUGAAAAAUAUGAUUCAAAUAGUCUAACUUUCCAAAAACGAGAUUUUAUUCAAGCUUAAAAUUUGACACGUAGAUUUGUAGUGUAAUCUAAAUUUUUGAUCUCAAAUUGUAUAUUUCUUUUAAAAAUCGACAAAUUUUUCAGAUCUUCGAUAAUGUGAUUCCAUAUUUAACUGGAUUAUCUGAAAAUGAGGCAAAUUCAUUUUCUCGUUUUCUCGAAAUUCUUCUAAGUCAAGUUCAAAAAUGGCAUGGAGACAAAGAAAUCUUCCAAAAAGAAUGUUUUGGUUUUCCUGGAAUGAUAACAAAAUUUCCAAUGGAUUUCGAAAUGUUCCGACGUAUUUGUCAUCAAUGGCAACAAAGAAUGACAAAAACAUUUCAAACUGUAUUAUCAAAAGAUGACACCGAAUAUGUGACAAUUCGAAAUUGUUUGAUUCUGAUGACUAAAUUAACACCGUGUUAUCCGCUAAUGGUUACUCAUGUUAAUCAAAUGGAAAAAGUUGCGAUUCAAUUGAGAGAUCGUGAAAAAGGAAAACGAGAUGAUUUAUCAUUGAAAGCUGCUUCGUAUAUUGGACAAUUGAAAAUGAGAAAAGUGAAAUUGUAUGGAGAAAGUGGUGAUUUUGCAAAAAGUAAUGCUAAAAAACAACCGGCUGCUGCAAAAAUAAAUGGAGAACCGAGCCAGAAAAAAAGCAAAUUGGAAAAUGUUGAAAAAGAAAAGGAAAAAGAGAAAGUGAAAGAAAAUGGAGAAAUUGUUGAGAAAAAAGAGGUGAGUUUUGAGAAAUGAAGGAAAAAAUCGAAAAAUCUAGAAAUCUUGAAAAAUUAAAAGUAUUUUUAAAAAAUACCUGGAAAUGUUUUAUGGAGCCUAAAACCAGAAACUAAUCAUAGCCCUAAUUGUAGACAGGUAACCCUGAAAUUUUGCUCUGAAAAUCUAAACCCAAUUUUUUCAGACAAAUGGCAAAGAAAAGUCUACUUCAUCGACUGAAAAAUCAGAAGCCAAAGAAGAACCGAAAGAAAAGGAAAAAGAGAAGAAAAAACGAGUUGCGGUAAGUCUUUUAGAUUUGUUCAGGCUUUCAAUGUCUGUUUUUUCAGAAAAGUGAGCUGUAUGUUGCUCGAAAGAGUGCAGAAAAAUCGGAAAAAGCAGAUAAAGAUGUGAUCUCAACGACUACAACUGAAGAAGGAGAAGUUCGAUCUCCAUCACCACCGCCUGUUAAAAAGGUAGAUUAGGGAAAUUUCUCAAGAGUUUUUCCCAAAAAACCUCCAAAUGUUUUCAGCCAAGAAUAGCUGAUCGAUUAAAACGCGAAACAAAAGCUGAAACGCCGUCGAAAAAAGAAAAAGAAGAAACAAUUCACAAGCGAAAAAUUGCGGGACCCGAAAAACCGUCAAUAACUGCACCACAAAAGGAAAAAGAAAAUAAGGAGAAAGAAAAGAAAGAGCAUAGAAAAACGAGAGAGGAUAGAGAAACGAUGGUAAGUUCUGGAGGAAUUAUGUUUUUCUAUCUCAAAAAUUAAAAAUCCUAGAAAUUUUGAAAAAUAAUUUUUUGCAGCCACGCGAAACUCGGUCUCGAUCAAAAGAUAGAAGUUCAAGAAAAUCUGAAGAGUAAGUUUUUGUUUUCCCCAAAAUAUCUUGAAAAUCUGGAAUUUUUUAGCCGGAAAGAGAAGGAUCGAAAAGAAAAAGACAAGGAAAAAGAAAAGGAUAAGGAACAUAUGCGAAUUUCGAAAAUCGCCGAUGCCCCGACCAAAAAUCGAGAGAAACGGUAAGUCUUAUUUUAGGUUUAAGCUUGAGCUCCUGUUUUAGACCUAAACUUGGCUCUUGAACAUUUUUCAAGGCUAUUUUUUAACCUAACUUACUUGUUUUCAGAGGUUCGAGGUGAUCAAAAUUCAAUUUUAUUUAUCAAAUUCUACGAGUUGGAUUAUUUGUGUUAAUUGUUGUUUUUUUUUAUUUUCAGAUUAAUAAAGUUUUUAAAUUUUGUUUUUUUUUCUUGAAAUUUGUUAUUGGUUUUUUACCGUGAAAUAUCUGAGAUUUUUUGUUAAUUUCAGAGAAAUUCGAAAAUUUUUUGAUAGAAUGGUGGAUUCGGUAGAUAAAUUGGAUGGUGUUUUGAAUUCUGUGGAAGAAAUGAUUAUGAGAAUGAGAGCUGGUGAGCAAAUUUUAUGGGAAAUUUGAAUUUUGAAAAUUAUUAGAGAAUUGUAAUUUUAAGACAAACUUUUUAUAGAAAAAUCCCCAUUUUUCCACAGAAAAAAGCUUCGAAAUAAUCUUUUUAAAAUUUCCAAAUUCCAGGAGAUUCGCGCCUUGAUGAUAUGCUUAGCCGAGUCACAAAAACAUCGGAAAAAAUAGGAAGUAUGAAAAAAUAUGAGAAAAUGUUGGAUGAAGUUAGAGGUUUGAAUGGAAAUUCAAUUUAUCCCAAGGAAAGUAACAUGAAUUUUUUUGCAGAUCUUACUGUGAAUGGAAAUCGCCGGAAGUUGAUUUUGAACGAUUUGCAACGAGAAAAUCGACAAAUUAUGGCAUUACAGGUUGGUUGGAUUUUUAAGGACUUUUGAGAACCUGAGAAAGUGAGAUUAGAAAUGUAUAAACAAAAAGAAACAGAGUUAUGAGAAUUUAGGCUUAAUUAAAUUCAAAUCAAUAAUUUUGUAGGAUGAAAAUCGUCAACUUCGUGAAUCGACUGAUGAAUAUUUGGGUGCAAUUCGAGACAUUGUCGAAACUCAUUCGGAAAUUCGAAAAACCAUCGAAAACGACGCCGAUACUACGAUAAUUGAACCAGAUCAAGUGCUAUUUGAGUUGCCAAAUCGGAAAAUUGAACAGAGAUUACUGUAGGUUACUUUUCGGAAAAAAAUUCUUUUUAAAAAAUAAAAAUUUCAGAAAUUCUUACAAAAAAUGAAUUUAUUCAAUUCAAAUUUUAUAUUUUUCAGAAAUUAAAAAAAAAUAUUUAGAAUUCGUAAAUAUUCCACGUGGAUUCUCAAAAUAUGUAAAAAUCCCAAUAUCUCAUGUUUUUUCAGACAAGAUGGUUUACGUGUUCAAAAAGUAAUGGACGAUUUGGAGCUGAAACGGCGCGAACAACAACAAAAUAUAAUAUUAGCUGUUGAGAAAAAUAAAGUAUAUCGGGAAAUGUUCAAAUCUGCGUGUUUAUCAAAUCCAUCAGCUUUGAAUGUUUUGUGCAAAGCAAUGAAUCAAAUUCGACAAGAAAUUGGAGAUGAAAAUCGAAAAGAAGAAGAUUUUGAAAAUGAAGAAAAAGAUGAGAAAAAUGAUGAUUUGAAUUGCACAAUGGUUCGAAAAUUCUAGCCGAAGACGGGUUUUUUGAUGAAUUUCUUGUAAAUAUUUUUAAAACAUUUAGCAUGUAAUAUAAUAUCGAGCUUAUUGCCUUUUAUUUAUUAUUUAUUCGCUUUUCUUCGAAUGGUUCUAUAAUCAUAAAUUUGAUUUUUCCGGUGAUAUUAUUUGAAAAAAUUAGGGGUUGUUAGCCCCAAGGAUUUUGCCAUCUUUGUUAAAAAUGUGGAUGCAUCCGAUUGUUUGUAAUGGUAACAAAUUGAAAUGGAAGUUUGGAAAUAUCGAAAAUUUGGGCGAAAAAACAAUUUCUAGUGAAAUAUUCACGAUUGGACCAUUUGAUUGGUUAGUUCUCAUACUCUCAAAUAAAAUCCUUGUAUAUAUAUUUACUGAUAGUUUCCAGGGUCAUCGAUAUCAAUACCUCAACGAAUUCAACCAACAAUGUAAAGUAUCUGACAAUUAAUUUGGGAUAUGAUUCAGAAGAUAUGAAAAAAAAGUGUGAUUGGAUUUGUGAUGCAAGAGGAAAAUUCAGAUUGUUGAAGCAAAAUGGAGAGGGAAAACAGAAAUCGGAAGAUUUUGAAACUCGUUAUGUAGACUACCGUAUCAGUUAUGGAAUAGAUAUUUUGGAGUUUUCAAAGGUUUUGGACAGUUCCAGUGGUUUCAUCAAAGAAGAUUCUGUGAUUGUUGAAAUUGAUUUGAGUUUUAAGUUCUAUGAUUUCUCGAAAAAAAUUGAAAACUUCACGGAUUUCGUUAUCAACAUCUAUAAAACAAAAUUCUAUUUGAACAAAGGAGUGAGUUUUUAGUUGUAGUAUUAGUUUCGAUCAUGCAAAUAUUUUCAGGUUCUCAGCUCAAAAUCGAAGUAUUUCUACAAUUUAUUCGUCAAUGAUAAGUACACUGAGACUUCCAAGACUUUGCUUGAUAUUCAAUCUGAUGAAUUGAUGUGUAUCCUUGUUCCAUAUCCUGCGAUUGAUCCAAUUUUCAGUUUGUUUUUAGUUAACUAGUUCCUGUACAAAAUAUAUAUUUUUAAGAUGACUCAUAUGAUACAUUUAUCGAAAUUGCUCAAACAUACGGUGUCGAAUCACUUCAUGAUACAUGCGAAAAGUAUUUGAUUUCUGCUAAUAAGGUGGAAAUAAUGGAAAAAAUCGAGUAUGCAGAGGAGUAUGGUUAUGAGAAACUCAUGGAACAUUGUAUUGAUCAGUUCAAAUCUCCAAAAGAAAUCAAAAAUCUGCACGCGGAUAUGAGAUUUGAGAAUUUGAAGGAGUCUACAAAAUGGAAAAUCAUGACUCGUUUGUUGGACUUGAUUUGA